GUUUUAAAAGUCAAAUGUUGGCCUUCAGCACAAAUGUUUGCCAACUUCUGAUAUAGCGAUCCGUGUGUGUGGCGCAUGCAGCAAAACACAAUAUUUUCCCUUAAAAAGAAAGUAUGCGUGCACAUUGGUGUUUUUAAAGAAGGAAUGCGUAUAUCAAAAAUGUAUAACAAUGUAACAGCUAGAUAUACAUUUCAUAUGAUAGAGUAACACAAAAAAAUGAGACGUUAUAAUUUAAGGUUGCUUUUAAGUGCCGCAUACUGCAUCUGUGUCUGGAGGCAAACAAUAACCCAUGUCCUAUAGUUCUUCUUUUUUUUUUCUUUUUUUCCAAAAUGUUAAAUGGAAAUUCCAUAACUGGAAAAGCUGAACAUGACGCAGAGCUAUCAGAGUCACUGUUGUGGCAGUUAGAGAGCACUGUCGUGUAAGCUGCCCCAACCGAUGUGCAGUCACUUUUAGUUAGGUAAGUCACAUCUUAUCAUUACCAGUGUAAUCCUUAUUUUUAUCUUCAAUGUGUUCCGGUUCGCAAACUGUUUAAUAUCUGAUGACUGUCAGCAUGAGUGCUUUUUAAAUUUGUGACGCUGUGAAACAUUUAUGAUGUUAGUUUCGUCUGUGGAAUUUGUAUAUCCUUAAUUCUGGGAGUUUGAUGAUGCAACAGUUUGGAACAUCAGUGAUAUCGAUGACUUAAGGAUCAGAUUUAGAGUUUCUGGUCCACUUGUUUAAAACUCAAUGUAUUGCCACACUGCUCGGCACAAUUCUAUCGUAAAAAAAAAAAAGCUUUCGUUUGAAAUUUAAAAGUUGUCUUAAUUAUUGAAUUUGGUGUAGUCUUCAUGAUGUUGAGAGGUAAUGUUGGAAAACCAGUUUGAUAAACAUCAGAAUGACUGGAAUGAUGGAGCCAUUCUCUAACGUGAUCUGCGUUGUGUCUGCACAUUGAAGCUUCGGUAACGUCCGGCUGCGUACGCUCCCAUGGAGGAGUCCGAGCCCCUUUUGGUUGCCCGUUUUGAGGAAAGGAGUACCAACGGCCGCUGCAGAUGGAGCCUUCGCACCCCCAACAUGGACCCCAGGGUGGUAGAGGAUCUGAGGCGCAGGCUCAAGUACUUCUUCAUGAACCCUUGCCAGAAGUACAAAGCCCGGGGCCGCAAGCCGUGGAAGUUGAUGCUACAAAUAUUAAAAAUCGCCCUCAUCACCGCCCAGCUGGUCUCAUUCGGACUGAGCAAUGAGAUGAUGGUCACCUUCAAAGAUGAAAACCUGAUGACAUUCCGACAUCUCUUCCUGAAAGGGUACAAGGACCACCAGCUAGGAGGGCACGUUUUGCACACUAAAACGGACGUGUACGAUCACAUCUACUACAUCAUCAACAGUUACAUCAACCUCCAAAACCUGACAGUAGGCAAUCUGGCGUAUGAGAAGAUUGAUGGCGAGUACACGCCUCUGUUGGUCUGCCAAGAGUUUUACAGGAACAGCAACAUUGACCCCGGAAACGAGACCUUCUACAUUGAUCCGCGCAUUGAUACCGAUUGCAUUGCCAUCUACCCUGUGCGGUCACUGGACAAUGGCAGUCUGGCGACGCCUCUGAACUUCUCUUUGGACUUUAGGAGGCUGCUGUCAGUCAACGUUUACUUUACCCUGAAAACGAUCAAUCUGCAGACCGUGAGGCACCACGAGCUUCCCGACUGUUACGUCUUCCACGUGGUGAUCACGUUUGAUAACCACGCUCACAGCGGAAAUAUAAAAGUGGCAGUCGGAAACGACGUCACCAUCAACGAAUGCCGAGACUGGAACGUGGAGGGCACUUCAGGUGAAAACGACUACCCGCUUCUCUUCUUCGAUUCCGCGGUCAUCCUCGCCUGUUUCACCUCACUGAUCCUCUGCGUGCGUUCUGUCGUCAAUGGCAUCCAGCUCCAGUUUGAGUUCAACACGUUCUUCCACGCAUACUACAAUAGAAUUGUGACCAUGUCAGACCGCAUGGAGUUUGUGAAUGGCUGGUACAUCCUCAUCAUUGUCAGCGACACUCUGACCAUCGCCGGCUCAGCUCUGAAGAUCGGAAUACAGACAAAGUUCAUGACAAGUUACGAUGAGUGCAGCAUCUUGCUGGGCACGGCAACCAUGAUGGUGUGGGUGGGUGUGAUUCGGUACCUUGGUUUCUUCAAGAAAUACAAUAUCCUUAUCUUGACUUUAAGAGCAGCUUUCCCAAAUGUGAUCCGAUUCUGCUGCUGCGCUGCCAUGAUCUACCUCGGCUACUGUUUCUGCGGCUGGAUUGUGCUUGGGCCGUACCACGACAAAUUUCGAACGCUCGACAAAGUGACCGAGUGCCUCUUCUCAUUGGUCAAUGGCGACGACAUGUACGCAACCUUUAUGAAGAUGCCCGAAAACGGCUACAUGGUGUGGCUCUUCAGUCGCCUCUACCUCUACUCCUUCAUCUCCCUCUUCAUCUACAUGGUGCUCAGCCUCUUCAUCGCGCUCAUCACGGACACCUACGAGACUAUCAAGCAUCACCAGCAAGAAAAAGCUCCCGUGUCUCAACUCCAGGCCUUCAUAGCCGAGUGCAGAGACGAGCCCGAGUCCGGCCGCUACCAAACAGACGAGGAAUCUCUUUCCUGCUGCCUACUGUCUUGCUUUUGCUGUGGCUGCAGGAAGAAGACUUGACUUCUGGUUGCCCAUUGUUGUAAUCGAUCAAUUUUGGAAUCAAACUGUUGAUAGAACGCCAGACUACAAGUCUUAUUACAAUACAAUACAAUACAAUACAAUACAAUACAAUACAAUACAAUACAAUACAAUACAAUACAAUAUAUGCUGAUUUAUAUAGCGCUUUCACAAC